AUUCCCAUAUCUUUAUCUCUUCACUCCAAUCAUUUCCUUUUUCUCUUAUUAUUCCCGUCCUUUUUUGUGAAAAAAAAUAAACCCCUUUCAGCUUAAAUUUUGUGGUUUGUUUGGUCUGGUUUUAGUGGUUUCUUUUUUUCUCUCUCUAUCUUCAAGCGAACCCUCGAGUAAUCCUGCGCUUAACGCUCACUCUUUCGAUUUCCAUCGAGGGUUUCUUUCUUUCUUUUUCUCUGAGAUGGGUGUGGUUUCAGUUUUUUUGGAGAUUUUGAGGAAACCCACAAUUGGGGAUGUGUUGAGCGAGUUAAUGAUGUUUAUAGCUCCUUUAUGGGUUGCUGUAAUAGUUGGGGUUUUGGUUGGAUGGGCUUGGAAGCCAAAGUGGGCAAGUUUAGGCAGAGAAAUGUUGAUGGAUUGUUCUGGUUCCAAGGAUUCAACUCCUGCUGCUUCAGAGUCUUCUUCUCCUGGUUUUGGUUCCAUUUCAAGCUUGAAUUUGAUCAAGUUUCAGUUACCUAGUUGCAUCCCUUGGAUUACAGAUGAAGGGGCUCAAAAGGAUUCUUUUUCUUUGCCACCUACCAUUGAUUCCAAUUGCAGUUCAUCACAGAUUGGGAAGGAAAAAACGGGUUUUGUGACAGAUGAGGAUUUAGAGCAUUUGUGUAAAUUAGUUGAAGAAAAAGAUGGAGGUCCUGCUUGGAUUCAGAUGAUGGAUCGCUCUACACCAACUAUGGGCUACCAGGCUUGGCGAAGAGAUCCUCAGACUGGCCCUCCACAAUAUCGUAGCCGGACUGUUUUUGAUGAUGCCACUCCUGAGAUGGUGAGGGAUUUCUUUUGGGAUGAUGAAUUUCGAGCAAAGUGGGAUGACAUGCUUGUUAGUUCUGCAACUAUGGAGGAUUGCCCCACCACAGGGACCAUGGUGGUCCACUGGGUUCGCAAGUUUCCCUUCUUCUGUAGCGACAGAGAAUACGUGAUAGGUCGUCGGAUUUGGGAGUCUGGGCGGUUCUAUUACUGUGUUACUAAGGGAGUACCAUAUGCCUCUGUGCCAAGAAAAAACAAACCCAGGCGCGUUGAUUUGUACUAUUCAAGUUGGUGUAUCCGUGCAGUUGAAUCGAGGAAAGGCGAUGGCCAGCUGACUGCAUGUGAGGUGUUACUUUUUCAUCAUGAAGAUAUGGGUAUACCAUGGGAAAUUGCAAAGCUUGGAGUCAGGCAAGGUAUGUGGGGAGCUGUGAAGAAGAUUGACCCUGGCUUGCGUGCAUAUCAGAAGGAGAGAGCAUCUGGAGCGCCCCUAUCACAUUGUGCUUUCAUGGCUCAGAUAAACGCCAAAGUAAGUGCAGACUACCUGAGAUCCUUAGAAAGCAACAGUAGCGAUUCAUCAGAGCUUGAAACACAUAAUAAAUCUGAGAAACCAUUGGGGAGGAACAUUCCCAAACUUCUAGUUAUUGGUGGGGCUAUUGCCCUUGCUUGUAGUCUUGAUCGAGGGCUCUUGACCAAAGCUGUUAUAUUUGGAGUAGCCCGAAGAUUUGCAAAAAUUGGAAGGAGGUUGUAAUUCAGAAUGCAUUUGUCAUCAUUCAAGGAUGCCAGCGAAGCAAAUUGCCGCUGCAAUGAAGUCAGAUGUUGCCCUUCUCACUGUCCUGCUUUAAAGGAUUGAAAGGUUGUAUAAGGUUUUUUCUGUUGGGGCCAUGAAGCAACUUCAUAUCCGGUGAAAUAGAAAAGAUCAGAUAGUUGGAUUUUUUUAAAUGGCCAUGUCAACAAAGGAUCUCAUGCUGCAAAAUAAACAGAAAGCAAGUUUCCUUUCUUGUUCAGUUGCUCAUCUAUCUAAAUUCUUUUUCUCGCUUAAUUAGAGCCCUUAUCUAUCUUAAUAUGUUUCCUCCCUUGAUUAUA